CCCACCUCCUUUUCUUAUUGGCUGCCCAACCACAACCAGCAUGCUGUGUCUCCGCCAGGUGCGCUGGUCGGGGCAGGGAUUGCGAGGCCAUGUCCUGACACCUGCACUCUGCUCAGCACGGCGAGUCCUCUUCAGCUCCUCUUCGGAAUCGCCUCAAGAUGAGCCCACCAUAACUCGCAACGGCCCCCCGGCCUUCUUCCUCGGAAAGGAGUUGGCGCAUACUUUCGCUCCUCCCCCUGAGAAGCCCGCGCGGUACACUCUCCGAGGGCCCUUCCUUGGGCAGCCCUACGAUUCCCUUCUGCCGGAUGAUCCCUGCCCCGCUCCCUGUCCUGAGGGACAUCUCCAGUCCCAGACGAAUUCGAUUGCCCUCGGCGAAUACCUCACAAAGAUGUCCUCCCAGAAUUUGUCCGAUCUGCACUCGAUCAUGGAUCGUAUCCAAACGUCCCUUUUCGAGUGCAGCCUCGAAUAUAACUCCCAGCUUCUGCUUGAUGUGUCUGGGUCGUUCGUUUCGUCCCUGGCUUCGCCAACCUCAGACAUCGAUCUCUGUGUCUUGGUUGCCUCGCGCGGCGAAAAGGCCUUCCCCGGGUGGUGGAUCCAACCGGCGUCCGGCCUGCUGAGGGGGCAUCCGAUGCAACGCUACAAUCACGAUCUGACCACGAUCAUGGAGACGAUGCGCUUUAAGCACCAGCAAUUUAUCGCACAAACCUCCACCCUCCCCAUUCCGGAGAAGCCCUUCGACCUGGAGCAGCUGCACAUUUUGGAGCCCUUCCUGCGGAAGUGCGGUAUCUUCAUCGUUGAACAUCGGGUCUCUUCCUUCCCCAUGAUCAAGCUCAUCGACACCCAGACUCAGCGCAAGAUCGACCUUGGCUUCAGUGACAUCCUUCCUGUCAUCAAUUCCCGGCUCAUCAACUCCCUUAUGUGCCUCGACCGGCGCUUCCAUCUGACCACGCAGCUAGUGCGCGAGUGGGCAAGUCGCCGAGAUCUUGCCGGGGCCACACGCGCCCGGCUGUCUUCCUAUGCCCUCACUCUGAUGGUGUACAAUAUCUUUCGCCUCUACCCGGGCGAGGGUUAUGCAGACAUGGAGACUCAGUCCGUUGGCCGGUACCAGCCUACCAGGGAACGCCCCCUGCCGGACUUGAUCUAUGCCUCGUGUCCCGGGGAGCAGGCUGGCCAGUCGACCCCCAGGCCGCUGCCUAUGUCCAGCAUGUAUCUGCCUCCCUCCCCGGCUGAUGGGCAGGGUGUGUCGGACACCAGCACGUGCCCCUUGAUGCCGGACCUUUUCCAGGUCGGAGCGACCUUGGUGAACCUGGAAAAUCAGUUGAAAGUCCCGCAGUCGACAUUGGUCGCCAUGAACCUCAGGCUGCCCUACUGGAUAAGGAUGUCCCUGGUUCAGGCACACUCGGGAGAGUAUGACGCCACUUUCUUGAAGGAUCGAGUCUGCUUGAUAUUUGCCUGGAUGACGCCACCACCGCCGAGGAGUGCGUUGGAGGGCCUGCCUCAGGUCUCCUCGGAACUGCUUCGGCGCAUCGCCGAAGAGGAGGCCGAAGAGGCCCGGCUGUCGCAUGACCUUCGCAUCCGGCGGCGCUUGAUGAAGCUUUACAUGCGGACACUUGUGUUUGGCGACUGGCGGCCUUCUCAGUGGACCACCCACUUCUCCAAGUCGGGCUUCCAUGUGGACGGGCAGCGUGACGACGAGGCCUCCCAGGACGAUGUCACACCGCUCCUUUGGCGCUUCUUCCAUUUCUAUCGUCAUGCCCAGCUCCAUCGGCUUUCCUUCUUGACGAGCCCCCUGACUUCGACCCCGGUGCUCACGGUCCCGAGCUUGUAUGAGGCCUCCGGCAGUGCUGAUUUGCAUGAGCUCAUUGCUCAUACAUUCAACAUUCACUCCCGGAGCUCCAUCCAUCCGCGGCCUCUCAGUCAGGCGUCCCUGGAGGAGACCCUGGGCCAAGAUGAUUCGACGCCGUACGAUCUCAGCCUCCUUCGUGAGUUCAUUGUCGAUCGGAAUGCCGAUUUGAUGAUUCUUCAGGAUCCAUUCGUCAAGCGGCGUAAUGUGACGAUGCACUUCAGGGCCAGCACAUUUAACCUGUUCCGCUAUGAGUGCGAACGGGCUCUUCGCAUCCUCGGUGACGAUUCUCCGGAAGCCUUGCAAAAGGUGAAAUACCUGCCCUUCGAAAGGAGCUGCUCCACUCAGCCCAUUGCGACCAGCUUCCGCUUGGCUCGACUGCUCUUAGACACAACCGCUGAGGCCAAUCAGCCCACCCCCAGUGUGACAAUCAAUCCGAGCAUGCGCGAGUGGAAGUUCUCCCCUCCGCGCAGUGCCAUUCUGCAGAAUCUCCGCCGGAGCCGCGAGCGGAUCAACCUUCAGGCCUUUGAGAAGAGCCGCCUCUCCCCCUUAAACUGACAAACCCCCAUCAUGUGCUGCCCCCAUGUUGUCCCCCCC